AGGAGGCAGAGGACACGGAAGCAAGAUGUGAGGGUGCUGUGUGCGGGAGAGAGGGGCGAGGGCGGCCGGCUGAGGUCCACAGAACCCUCUGGGGUGUCUGGGCACGGGGCUCGGUGGCGGGGUUCCGGGUGCCGGCUCGAUGGCCUGAGGAGCUGCGGCUGUUAGCUCAUGUUUAUGGCCAGCCAGUGAAGGAAUCUUGAAUACUGGGCUCCUCUUUGAAAGCAUUUUGAGAAUGGCUUCCUUUGGGUGGAAGAGGAAAAUUGGUGAGAAGGUAUCCAAGGCCACAUCCCUGCAGUUUGAAGCCGAAGCUGCUGAUGAAAAGGAUGCAGCUGAGAGUGAAGAUGGGAACUGGCUUCAUGCCAGCAAACGGAGAAAGGAAUCCCUCCAGGAAGGCUGUAAACAGAAGAGCAAACAGCUGAAGGAUGAAGGAGCUACUCUGGCUGAGAACAAAAAAUACCAGGAGGCGAUUCAGAAGUGGGAUGAAGCACUACAGCUAACCCCAGAUGAUGCCACCCUUUAUGAGAUGAAAUCACAGGUCCUGAUGUCUCUGCAUGAAAUGUUCCCAGCAGUACACGCAGCAGAAAUGGCUGUCAAGCGUAACCCACACUCAUGGGAGUCAUGGCAAACCUUAGGUCGUGCUCAGCUUGGAUUAGGAGAGAUAGUUCUGGCAAUUCGAAGUUUUCAAGUAGCCCUCCACAUAUAUCCAAUGAACCCUGAAAUAUGGAAGGAAGACCUUUCUUGGGCAAGAAAGCUCCAGGAACAGCAGAAAGUAGCAAAGAGGAUUGAAAAAAAAGAAAUUCCAGCAGAAGGAACAGACGUCUCACCAGGGUCUAUCCCUGACUAUGACUUUGAAAGUGAUGAGAUCGUUGCUGUCUGUGCAGCUGUUGCAGAAAAACAGAAGUCAGUAUCGGCAAAUAAAACAAUGGUUAUUGUGUCAGCUUCUGGGACUGUAGAGAUAGUAAACGAGAAGGAAGAGGGCUCUUCCACCCCAGAUGGCUCUGUCUUUAUCAAAGCCCGAUGAGGCAGUAACAAUGAAAAGAGGUUUAAAUCUUUUUUUUUUUUUUUUUUUUUUUGGUUGCUGCUAACUGCUUAGAUGACAUGAGAAUACCCACUGUGGAGGAAGAGAAAAACUCUGGUUUGUAAAACGACUUUUUAGAUGAAGCAUAUAAAAAAUCAGGUAGCGGCAUUGUUCUUUAGUGAGUGGACUGAGCUUCUGCAAGUUUCAGAGUGCACUUAAGGUUAGCGUCGUAAGUGAGAUGUGUUUUGAUUGAUAAACAUUUAAUUGGAUGAGUACCACUUAAAGACACCAUUUGGAAAGUGUGUUCUUGAAUAGUGAGUAGGUUGGCAGGCACUGUUACUACAGUGCCAACUUGCAGACUUUGUUUUGUGAUAAAGAAAGGAUAUGAUUUCUUUCCCUCCUAUGAUUCUGCUGUUGUCGUUCUUCCUUGUUUUUCUUCACUAGUAUAAAUGUUCGGAAAUCUCAAAUAUUUCUGACAUCCAUUUAGAUUCAAAAUUAUCACUUGGUUAUGUGUGAACAUUUGAAUAUUUGAAAUAUUUGAAAGUUUGCCUAAAAAUGCAUGCAAAUGUAUGUAUCCUGAACAUUUCUUUGAACUUUGUUGUUCUAAUUUGUGCUUCUGUUUUGACUUUAAAGUUAAAAAGUGGUAACUGUCUUCUUCAGUAUUUGAUGACUAUAUGAAUACUAGUGUGUCAGAGUGAUGGUUUCAUUUUACUGUUAAGAUUGAGUCCUCUUUUCCACAUGUCAGUUAUUUGUAAAGAUGAACGACAUUUACAAAUUGUCAGUAAAUUCUACUCCUACAUUAUCA